UAAUAUAUAGAUAACGUUUCAUAAAGUGUAAACAAACAAAAAAAGAAACACGUCUUAUCCAGUUUGAAGAUGAAGGAAUUUCUGCUGUUUGUGCAGAUUAUAACAAUCAUCUCCCUACCCAAAGGCGAAGGAGCACCCAAACCUGUGGCCUUCUACCCUUUGAAUGCUGUCCACAACACACGUGACAUCAGCGGCAAUGGUCUUCCGGCUGGAAUCGCGUCUGGCGUGACACUUGUCAAGGGACCUGAUGGAAGAGAUGGCGGGGCGUAUUACUUUUCUGGGACGUCCAGUAGCUACAUCGAGAUCCCUUACCACGCAAUGAUCGACACAAGAUACUCCCUUACCGUACUCGCAUGGGUACGCCCUGAAUCACAAGGUCCAAUUCUCCAAUACUAUCGCUCUAAUUGGGGCGUUCAUUUCUGGGUUGUUGAACCAACGCCAAAGUUAUUUGUUAGAGUGGUGACAAGGUCGCUUCAGUCCACAAAUAAUGCAAUGGGUGGAAAUCUCUUUUGGCAAGCUUGGUACUUCGUGGGGUUCAGUUAUGACUAUACAUCAGGACGCGUAAAGCUUUUCCUGGAUGGAGUAAUUGUCAGCGAGCUAUACAUCGGAACAUUUGAAACGGCAACAAACAGAGAGCUCCGCCUUGGAGCAGUGACGUUCGACAGUCGACACUACCGGGGUCGCAUCUCAUGCUUACAGAUCUACAACACCGCUCUCAGCUGGAAUGAUAUACGAGACGCAAGCGGAGCCUGUAAUGAUGUUCCAUCGGCGCCUCCAAAGAACAUUCGAAUACUGGCUGCAAGUACAACAAGUGUUAAUGUCACGUGGGAAGAUGUCCCCUUGUCAGAGCGUAACGGGAUAAUCUUGGGAUUUUACCUCAUGUUUUACUUCAAAACAAACACAUUACUACAAACUCUGCACCUAGCGCCAAACAUAAGAAGCCGAGUGUUCAGCGGUCUUGAAGUUCACCGCCAGUACAGCGUAAAGAUGUUUUCGUACACGGUGCACGGAAACGGGACGAUCAGCAACAUGCUGAGUGGUUAUACUGGUGAAUCAGUCCCCGUUGUCGCGCCUUACGGAUUGACCGGGCUCAGUGAUAGCCCCUACUCAGUACAGCUGUCCUGGCAGUUUAACGGGAGUGAUGAUCGUAACGUGCUGGGUAUCCUGAGAGGGUUCAGGGUGUUUUAUGGUGACGCCAAGCAUCCCAUCCCAGGCGAUGUGCGAGAUGGAAGGGUGCCUGACCUCUGGCCUUUCACGGUCUAUAACUUUCGACUAGCUGGAUACACCACGGCAGGAGAUGGGCCCAAAAGUGAUACAAUAACCAUCAGAACGCAGGGGACAGUUCCAUCGGCGUCUCCGGAGAACAUUCGAAUAAGUGCUGCAAGUCCAACAAGUGUUAAUGUCACGUGGGAAGAUGUUCCCUUGCCAAACCGUAACGGGAUUAUCUUGGGAUUUUACCUCAUGUUUUACUUCAAAACAAACACAUUACUACAAACUCUGCACCUAGCGCCAAACAUAAGAAGCCGAGUGUUCAGCGGUCUUGAAGUUCACCGCCAGUACAGCGUAAAGAUGUUUUCGUACACGGUGCACGGAAACGGGACGAUCAGCAACAUGCUGAGUGGUUAUACUGGUGAAUCAGUCCCCGUUGUCGCGCCUUACGGAUUGACCGGGCUCAGUGAUAGCCCCUACUCAGUACAGCUGUCCUGGCAGUUUAACGGGAGUGAUGAUCGUAACGUGCUGGGUAUCCUGAGAGGGUUCAGGGUGUUUUAUGGUGACGCCAAGCAUCCCAUCCCAGGCGAUGUGCGAGAUGGAAGGGUGCCUGACCUCUGGCCUUUCACGGUCUAUAACUUUCGACUAGCUGGAUACACCACGGCAGGAGAUGGGCCCAAAAGUGAUACAAUAACCAUCAGAACGCAGGGGACAGUUCCAUCGGCGUCUCCGGAGAACAUUCGAAUAAGUGCUGCAAGUCCAACAAGUGUUAAUGUCACGUGGGAAGAUGUUCCCUUGCCAAACCGUAACGGGAUUAUCUUGGGAUUUUACCUCAUGUUUUACUUCAAAACAAACACAUUACUACAAACUCUGCACCUAGCGCCAAACAUAAGAAGCCGAGUGUUCAGCGGUCUUGAAGUUCACCGCCAGUACAGCGUAAAGAUGUUUUCGUACACGGUGCACGGAAACGGGACGAUCAGCAACAUGCUGAGUGGUUAUACUGGUGAAUCAGAACUAUGGCCAUGUUUUUAUUACGCUUCAAUUGACGAGUUAACUCAGGCUGCAAACCGUAUUUGGUACCGCCUGGAUGGCGAACCUCCAAGACAAAUUAUGACUCGCUCCCCGAAAAGCUGCUUGGGACUUUGUGGGUGGAUGAAAGGUACUCAUCCUCAGAGGGAGACUGGGCCUGUAACACGUGACCUGUGUUUCGCUAGUGGAAGCGGUUCUUGUGAACACGAGGCCUUAGUGACAGUUCGUCAGUGUUACGGGUAUUUUGUGUACAAGUUCCUGGGACUUCCUUCUGGCAAGCUGAGGAUUUCUACCGAACAAGGUAAACAUCUCGACACGCCAUUGGAAGUCCUUUUCCAUCAAAGGCCUGGUCACCAUCUCACGGGUCACGUGUUCUACCAGGAAUCUCCUGUUCUUUCCCCCACACAGUGCGUUGGCUACUGUCUAGUAUCAGGUGAAAGAUGCAAGUCGUUCAAUUACAACAGCGCUCAAGACAACGGGAUUUGCCAACUGAACAAUGCCACGGCCACAAAGUAUGAUCAGCACAUCUCAUCCAAUCAGGAGUGGGGAUACUAUGAGCCAAUCACAGUUACUUUUGUGUAAAACAAGACACAGUGAUUCUUCACGAUUCAGCCAAUCAAAACAGGGAUUCCAUGAGCCAAUCAGAAGUUGGGAUACUUUUGGGGCAUUGGCAAUGACACUUGCGUCAUAAAAAUUUACUAGAUGAGUGUGAUCUUGGCCACAACAGCAAGGGAUUACCAUCCGAUUACUUUGUAGAUAUAGUAACCAAGCUAGUAUGCACCGGCAAUUUUUACUUGACACGCGAAUCUAUGGAAAAACGCACACAAGCCUUUUUUGUGGUUCAACAAAUCCCGCCCAGGAUAUAGUGGUUACAUUUUUUAAAGGGUUUACUGCACGCGAAUCUAUGCGCACAAUUGUUCAAGCAAAUAUACCAAUUUUAUAACGUCCAGAAGAAAUACCUGCGCACCUUGCUUGAGUUGAUCCAAAAAUGCUUGACGGCUGGCCCGUCAAUAAACUGUGAAUUACUCCGUUCAUUUGCAAGGGGCAAGGCUGGCUUAAGGACUGUCCAACAGCGGUCUGUUUCUAUUGAAAAAUAUCUAUGAUGAAGCACCCAAGUCUAUAAAUUCUGGCUGUGGCGUUGAAAUGCCGAAAUUACGACAUAUUUAGGUAAUCUAGCGUUUUCUUUACAGUAAUGAGUUCCACUGACCAGUUCUCCCGUCUCAAUCUGGGACCUUAGGUGAAUGCCCGCAAAGACUGCUGGAUCUCCGAGGAGACGAUAUGCAGUCGGCUCUUAUUUAAGGUUUUCUGUGGUAUUCUGUCUCAGCUGCAAGCUGAUCGUGCAGGCUUUCGUCCCCUAUCGUUAAUACGAUUCCCGAUGUUCGGAAACAAAAAACAUUCCUGAAUAGGCCCGAAUAAGAACCAUCUAGCAGGCUAGUUUUGUCAACAAGUUUGGUUCAGCAUGACCAUGAGCUCUUCUCUGGAUUUAGACAAAUCUCAGGCUGAUUUGCCGGAUGUAUGAGGGGACUUGCCCCAUCAAACACAAAACAGGGCCGAUGACGAUCAACACGGCGCGUGGCACUCACGCACGAAAUCACGUGACCGAUUAUAGCGAACCAUCCAUAACUCAUAAAUAAAAGAUAAAUAUAAAAGUGCACACCAGAA